AUGACUUUGACUAUCUUCUGCCUGAUGGUGUUCGCGCUGUUCGCUCUGCAGGUCUACAUGGGAGAGUUGAGAAACAAAUGUGUGAAGAAUCUCGUUGUUAAGCCUGGUGAAAACUUUUCUGACGAACUAUGGUUACAGUGGAUUAGAGAGCCAUCUAAUUGGAUGGUAAAUGAAGAAGAAGUGCCUAUAAUCUGUGGUAACCUGACAGGUGCGCGGCACUGUCCUCCAGAAUACACCUGUUUAUGCGUGGGGCCGAAUCCAAAUCACGGCUACACGAACUUCGAUAAUUUUUUAUGGUCUAUGCUCACUACCUUUCAACUCAUAACCUUGGACUACUGGGAAAAUGUGUACAACAUGGUGCUGUCUUCGUGUGGUCCGAUGUCCGUGUCGUUUUUUACGGUGGUCGUCUUCUUCGGUUCCUUCUACCUUAUCAACCUGAUGCUCGCUGUAGUAGCGCUCAGCUAUGAGGAGGAAUCACAGAUUACACAAGAGGAACGCAAAAAGGAUCUGAAUGAACAUCGGGACGAUUCCACAUUCAGUUUCGAUCCCACCUCGUUGGCAGUGCGGGCUCUAGCUAAGGACUCUAAAAAGCGAAUUGACGCUCGAAAGGGACUCUUAUUAGCUUCUUACUCAAGAAAGAGAACAAGAAGACGCAAGAGGGGCAAAAAUCCUUUACAUCAUAUAGCAGCAGUCACAGCUGUUUCAGAAAGUUCAAGGUCCAGGUCAAGAUCAGUGACUCCAAGUGGCUCACCACCUCCUCAACUAGUGCCUCCUCCGCCGCCGCCACCGCAUACAUUGCAUCCUGACAAUGCUUUAGGUCGCGGGGCUUUAAGUGUAGCGGGUCGUCAGUUAAGUGACCAUAGCAAUAACCGGGAAUCAUCACUUGACGACUCAGGUGUAGUGGAUGACCACGAUGAUGGUGAACAUACGUCUGAUGAUCAAGCUCCGCAUCCGCAUCCACGACGCACGCAUCUGCUGCCUCCUCCACCUCUGCCUCCGCAUCCACCAACUCCAGUGUCUCAAAUUCCUCAAAUACAACAAGACAGCAAAUUGCAGGAAACAACUCAAAGUAAUGGUUCCAAAAGUAAUAAGCGCACUGAGAAAAUAAAGAAGAAACAGGAAAAGGAAAAGGGAAGCAUCCAAGAAAAAUACCCCCUAAAUCCUGAUUACCUCAAUCAAAUUGUGGUGCUAGGGGCGGACUGGCCAUACAAGCACGCGCCCGAUCUCCCCCAAGCGGAGACGACGAAAAUUAAUGAGCUCAGUUUAUUGGCAGCCACGCACAAAUCUCAUAUGGGCAAUUACGAGCAAAAUUGCACUUACUUCACAGAUGAACUUGUGGACAGAAACUGCGAGUGCUGCGUUUCUUGCUGCAUAGACUACGAGGGUUGGUUACAGUUCCAGAACUGCUUAUAUGGGAUCGUGAAAGAUCCUUUAUUUGAAUUGUUUAUAACUACUUGUAUAGUAUUAAAUACACUUUUCCUCGCGCUGGAACAUCACGGUAUGAGUGAAAAUGUUAGGCAAGCUUUGGAUAUAGGAAAUAAGGUUUUUACUUCAAUAUUUACUUUAGAAUGUAUUAUGAAAGUGAUGGCUAUGAGUAAGGAUUUCUUCUCUUGUGGAUGGAAUAUUUUUGAUCUGAUAAUCGUAUCUGCAAGUCUUCUCGACCUUAUAUUUGAGCUUGUUGAUGGUUUAUCCGUUUUAAGAGGACUUCGUUUGUUACGAGUGUUAAAAUUAGCUCAGUCGUGGACUACAAUGAAAGUAUUGUUAAGUAUAAUUAUAUCGACCAUAGGUGCUCUUGGUAAUUUAACUUUCGUUUUAGUGAUAGUUAUUUAUAUAUUUGCUGUCAUCGGCAUGCAACUAUUUUCCAAGUCAUACACUCCUGAGAAGUUUGAUCCAGACCCUGUGCCCAGGUGGAACUUCAAUGAUUUUUUUCACUCAUUCAUGAUGAUAUUCCGAAUCCUGUGUGGCGAGUGGAUCGAACCACUAUGGGACUGCAUGCGUGCCGAAGAAGCAAGUGGCGCAGAAAGCUGUUUCUUUAUUUUCUUACCCGCACUUGUAAUGGGAAAUUUCAUGGUGCUCAACCUCUUCCUUGCCUUGCUGCUUAACAGCUUUAACAGUGAAGAACUCAAAAAUAAAAAAGAGGAAGUUGGUGAGGACUCAAAAUUAGCUAAAAGUUUUGAUAGAAUACGUUCCAUAGUUAGAAAAAAAGGUUUCCUUAUAUCUAGGAGUAAAGAGACUGAAAAAAAAUCUAAGUUAGAAGAGCUGGUUAAUGAAAUUAUGUUACAACAGCGCGCUAUGAAGGAAAAAGAAGCGUCUAUACCCAGCGAGCAAAAGUUCUCUUCAUCAGUGCAAGAGAAUAUACUUUUUCCUCAUGACAAUAUAUACAGUCACAGUUAUCAGGAAGCAUUAAAUAGGCCAAUAUCGGUGGCCUCCGACUUCGCGUAUCCACAAUUUUAUCAAGGUGGGAAUAAUUUAAAUCACGGCAGUCAAGAAACUUUGAAAGACGUACGUGAUUUAGCAACAGAAUAUAAAAUAACAAGCAUAAGAGAGGAUUCUAAAGAAAAUUUAGAUGAAACCUCGUCUGUAACGGAAAAAGUUAUUGCACAACGACUACUAAAUCAAUCAUCAUCGGGUUAUCAUACGCAACCUUCAGAUUCAAAAGAUGAAAAUGAACAAUAUGAAAUGGCUGAAAUAUCUUGUCGGACUACACCAGAUAAGUCUAGGAGACAAGAAAAGGAAAUGCCAAGUAUUUUAAAUAGGGAUACAAUAAAAAGGACCGACGAAGAAGACAUGAAACGUCCAUGGCAAACUUUGGUAUCAUAUGUAGAUGAGCUAACAAUAGGUGGGAGAAAAAACUCCAAGGGUCAAUAUAUAGAUGCUAUGGGUAAUUUUCCUGGCUUUGGUAAACGAAAAGAACCAAAAGUUCCACAAGAUUGUUUUCCUCGUCAGUGUUACACCGCAUGUUCAUGUUGGGAUGCUUGCAUUCAAACUAAGCUUGGUCAACGAUGGAUGUUUAUUCGUACUUUUAUUUUACGUUACGUUGACACCCCAGCAUUUGAAUGGUUCGUCUUAGUUUUGAUUUUUGCGUCCAGUAUAACCCUGUGCUUCGAAGAUAUCCACCUUGAAAAGAAUAUACCACUAAAGAAAAUACUCUAUUGGACCAACUUAGGAUUCUGCAUGAUCUUCGUGAUUGAAAUGUUUCUGAAAUGGAUAGCUUUGGGCUUCUUCAGAUAUUUUACAAGUUUCUGGACGCUUUUAGACUUUACUAUAGUUUUUGUUUCAGUUUUCAGUUUGUUGAUAGAAGAAAACGAAAACCUAAAAGUUCUCAGAUCUUUAAGAACUUUACGAGCACUAAGACCACUUCGGGCUAUAUCUCGAUGGCAAGGAAUGCGAAUAGUUGUAAACGCAUUGAUGUACGCAAUUCCAAGCAUUUUUAAUGUCUUACUUGUGUGUUUAGUAUUUUGGUUAAUUUUCUCGAUAAUGGGUGUUCAGUUUUUUGGUGGAAAGUUUUUCAAGUGUGUCGAUGACGAAGGAGAAUUAUUACCAUUGGAGGUUGUGAACGAUAAAUGGGAAUGUUAUUAUAAUAACUUUUCAUGGGUCAAUUCCAAGAUAUCUUUCGAUCAUGUAGGGAUAGCGUACUUAGCUCUCUUUCAAGUAGCAACAUUCGAAGGUUGGAUGGAAGUAAUGGCAGAUGCUGUGGACGCAAGGGGAGUUGAUUUACAACCAGCUAGGGAAGCCAAUCUUUAUGCCUAUAUAUAUUUUGUUAUUUUCAUUGUAUGUGGCUCAUUCUUUACUUUAAACUUAUUCAUAGGAGUCAUUAUUGACAAUUUUAAUAUGCUCAAGAAAAAGUACGAAGGGGGUGUUUUGGAGAUGUUCCUUACGGAAAGCCAAAAACAUUAUUAUACUGCUAUGAAAAAGUUAGGCAGAAAAAAACCACAAAAAGUAAUAAAAAGGCCGAGAAACCAGUUCCUUGCUAUGUUCUACGACCUAUCAAAUUCUCGUCGUUUUGAAAUAGCAAUAUUUGUGCUCAUAUUUCUUAAUAUGCUUACAAUGGGGAUAGAACAUUAUGACCAACCACAUUCUGUUUUCUUUGUUUUAGAAGUUAGUAACGCAUUUUUUACUACAGUUUUUGGGUUAGAGGCAAUAGUUAAAAUCGUCGGUCUACGAUACCAUUAUUUCACAGUACCUUGGAACGUUUUCGAUUUUCUUCUUGUUUUAGCUUCUAUUUUAGGCAUUCUUAUGGAAGACAUUAUGAUCGACCUCCCUAUAUCUCCCACAUUACUAAGGGUUGUUCGUGUUUUUCGUAUUGGGAGAAUUUUAAGACUGAUUAAAGCCGCUAAGGGUAUUAGGAAACUUCUAUUUGCAUUAGUAGUAUCUCUCCCAGCUCUUUUUAAUAUAGGUGCCUUGCUCGCGUUAAUAACUUUCAUAUACGCCAUUAUCGGUAUGUCAGUCUUCGGUCACGUCAAAGAACAAGGUGCUUUGGACGAUAUCGUCAACUUUCAAACCUUCGGUAGAAGUAUGCAGUUACUUUUUCGCCUUAUGACUUCAGCUGGUUGGAAUGAUGUACUUGAGUCGCUUAUGAUCCAACCUCCUGACUGUGAAUUAGGAGAUAUAGGCCAUAGCAAUGGAAACUGUGGAAGCCCACUUUUAGCUAUAACCUAUUUCACAUCAUUCAUUAUCAUAAGUUACAUGAUUGUCAUAAAUAUGUAUAUCGCCAUCAUCCUUGAGAAUUUCAAUCAAGCACAUCAAGAAGAAGAAAUCGGUAUUGUAGAAGACGAUCUUGAAAUGUUUUACAUUAGAUGGUCUAAAUAUGAUCCACACGCAACGCAAUUUAUAAGUUUUGCUCAACUGUCAGAUUUUAUAGCAUCUCUAGAUCCUCCUUUAGGUAUAUCCAAGCCAAAUACGGUGGCAUUAGUUAGUUUUAAUCUUCCUAUUGCGAGGGGUAACAAGAUUCAUUGUCUGGAUAUCCUUCAUGCGUUAGUUAAACAUGUAUUAGGGCAUGUAGAAGAAACGGAAACGUUUAGACAAUUGCAAGAACAAAUGGAUAUAAAGUUUAAGAAACAAUUUCCAACACGAAAAGAAUUAGAGAUAGUGUCUUCCACUAGGAUAUGGAAAAGAGAGGACAAAGCAGCGAGAACAAUACAACGGACCUGGAGAGAAUAUGUGAAGCGUAAGAAUCGAAGUCCGUCAGUCGAGGAGGAGAGCACUAAGUGGUCACCUGGUGGUGGCUGGGGCGGUCGAUUAGGCGCCUUGCUGCAUGUUCGAAGAGGGUCACAUGCUUCCAGUAGAAAAUCUUCUAGAGCCUCUGAUGCUUCAGAUUUGAGCGAUUUGGGAGGAGCUUGGCUUAACCUGCCCCUUCUUUUACUGCCAGGCGCUGCCCCUGGUGAACAGCCUAGUGGAUCGGAGACGGCACCUCCGCGACGAAGAUCUGCUUACGGUUUGCCUCUAUUUCUUCGCCAUCAGGACGCUGUUGACGAAGAUAUCGGUCCGAAACGUGCAGGCUCACUUCGUUUGAUGUCGCGACGGAGUUCCGCACGGAGGGCGACGACCCCUGUACGUGCACGUACGCCUUCUCCAAAUGCCAAUAGUUCAGUCAGCAUUCUUGUCACUGAGGCUUCCCCAGAUGCGGCCCCUCCUCCUGCAGCGCCAUCUACAGUAGUCCGAGUUUUAGUUCACCGAGAAAGUGACGAACAACCCAGCUGA